ACUUGAAUUGAUUAAAGUGUGGUGGGCAAAGAAAAAAAAUGACAUGUUCAAUGUCAAGAAUAGAUUUUGUGUAAAUCAUUUUGUCACAUUUCACCAUAGCUUUCACUUAAAUAUAAUACUUCUUCCAUCACUGGAUGUAAACCAGGACAACUUUUCUGCAUUCAAGUGAUGGUUUCACUAUCACAGCAAGUUUCUCACACGUUUUAAUUUAACAUCAUCAUCCUGUUAUGAGAAUCCUGUGCUAAUAAUGUCUUGGCCUCCGGAGCUGUCAAUUAAUAACCACCAGUUUCCUUUAUCUUUUUGUUACUGUAACAAUGAGUGAGAAAUAAAGUAUUUCAGAGCAACAAAAGAAAAGAGGAAGGGUGAGGGAAGAGAUACAUUUUGCUGAGAGCAUUGCUGAGAGAGGAGAAGUGUCACAACCACCUGUUACGGAAACACCCUCAUUAAAACAGCGCACAGGAAGUGUUGCACAUAGGGUUUAAACGUGUCAAAGCAGCACCAUCUUUAGCCUUGAGAAGAUUGAUGUUGAAGAUGAGAGACCAGCGUCAUAUUUUCCUGCUCACCUACAUGGUGGCGCUUGCCACCCCUCUUUCUUUGGCUUUCAACAUUGAUGCAAAAAAUCCCGAUAUCUAUGCUGGUGAAAAGAAAGAUUUCUUUGGAUACAAAGUGCUUCAGUUCACGUCCGGCUCAGACAAAGGGAUAAUCGUCACUGCGCCGCUGCAGCUCAAUGGAUCUGGAGGAGUAUGCAGACCUUACAAAAACCAGAGCACCCAGUGUUUCAAUGCUGAAGACAUUACUGUGAAACACGAAACGUUACCAGUGAAGCUCCUCGGCCUGUCGAUCACCGCAGACUCCACAAGCUCCCAGUUCAUAGUUUGCAGCCCAAGUGUAGCCCAUGAAUGUAAUGACAACUCCUAUCUGAACAGUGUGUGUUACAACAUGACAUAUAGUCUUCAGACAACCUCCAAUUUCACUCCUGCUUUCCAAGAAUGUACCAAAAAGACAGUGGACCUUGUCUUUCUGGUUGAUGGAUCAGGCAGUAUGACCGAAGAUGAGUUCAACCAAAAUAAAGUUUUCAUAGUGGAUAUAAUGAACAGCCUUAAGAACACAUCAAUCAAGUUCUCAGCAGUUCAGUUCUCCUCAUACCACAGAACAGUAUUUGAUUUCAACGACUAUCAAGAUGGCAAAGCUCUUGACAAACUUAUGAAAGAACCCCACAUGGAGGAUCUGACCAACACACAUGGAGCCCUCGAAUUUGUGAUGAAAAAUACACUGGAAAACGGAGCUGCAGGUGCCUCUCCUGAUGCAAUUAAAGUUCUGGUUAUAAUCACAGAUGGUGAUCCCAGUGACACAAACAAUGGGAUUAUUGAAAAAUAUGAUGAGAAACAGAUCAUUCGCUUUGUCAUUGGGGUCAAAGAGGCUACGUUAGAAAAAUUCACAGCCAUUGCUUCAAAACCAACAGACCUAUAUGCCUUUAAAAUCGAGGACUACAACGGACUGAAAGGAAUACUGGAAAACUUCCAAAAGAGGAUUUUUAAAAUGGAAGGCUCCAGUGUGGCUCGGGGAGGAGACUUGACGGAGGAAAUGGCUCAGAGUGGAUUCAGUGCUGUCGUCUAUAACAAUACAUUGAUCCUGGGUUCAGUGGGCUCAAAGAGCUGGGGGGGCUCUCUCCGAGAGAUCCAUGAAGGAAAAGAAACACAAAUUGAAGAUCCACCAAUGAAGAAGGACUCCUACAUGGGAUACUCCAUCUCUGUUGGCAAGAGGGACAAUGCUUCUCUAUACUUUGCGGGUGCACCAAGAUUUGAGCACACAGGACAAGUCUUACUUUUCAGACGUGAUGGUGGUAAUUGGGCCGCAGCCCAAACACUAAAUGGUACCCAGAUUGGCUCCUACUUUGGUGCAGAGCUGUGCUCAGUAGAUAUCGACUCAGAUGGUAACACUGACUUCCUGUUGGUGGGAGCUCCCCUGUUCUAUCAGCCCCAUGAGAAGAAAGAAGGCCGGAUAUAUGUCUACAUUCUGUCUGAGAAGAUGCAGCUGGAAACUGUACUAAAUGUGACAGCACCAUCCAUGGGCAGAUUUGGCACCACCAUUUCCAGCCUUGCGGAUCUUAACGGAGACGAACUCCGAGACGUUGCUGUUGGAGCCCCCCUUGAGGAUGAUAACAGAGGGGCUGUUUACAUCUACCUUGGUGACAGACGCCAUGGGAUACGCAGCAAUUUCAGCCAGAGAAUCAUGGGACAGGAAAUAAAAACUGAGAUGAGAUUCUUCGGACAGGCCAUUGAUGGGGGCAUUGACCUCGGAGAGGACGGACUUCCAGAUAUUUUGAUCGGAUCCCAGGGCAUGGCUGUUGUCUUGAGGUCCCGUCCUGUCUUCAACAUCACCGCACAUCUCUCUUUUCUUCCUAAGGAAAUAAGCACUGAGAAGAUUAACUGUGUGGACAAAACAGAUGGUGAUUUACCCAUGGGGACCUUACAUGUCUGCUUUGAAAUGGUAGAAAGCACAAAGAGCAAAGCCGACGUGAUGAGCUCAGGACUGAACAUCUCAUACAUCCUUAAUGUGGAUCCAGUGAGACAAACCCACCGAGGUUUCUUUGGAAAAGACAAGAAAGCCAGGAGUCUAACUUCCACCUGCAACCUGAUGGCUAAUGCAACUUGCUUUGAGCACUCUGUCAACAUGCCUAAAUGUCUGAAAGACACUUAUUCACCCAUCAGCAUCAAAUUCAACUUUUCCCAAGUCGACAGUGAGAGUGCGAGUGCCGUCCUGAACGUGGACAGCAGAAGGUCGGCUACUGUUGAGGUUCCCUUUGAAAAGCAAUGUGCAAAAAACGACAACUGUGUUGCUGAACUGGAGGUGGAUUUCAACUUCACGACCCCGGCCUUAAUGGUGGCAGAAGAUAGUUACUUCAACGUGACUGUAAAACUGUCCAAUUAUGGUGAUGACUCAUACAACACCAGCCUCACAAUGCACUAUCCUCCUGGCCUCUCCUUCUCCAGGAUGACUAUUACAGAGGCGACUAGACCAACGCUCCACAGCUGUCAUGAUCUUGAAGGGGUGCUUGACAAAACUGUGUGCGGCGUCAGCCUUCCUGUGUAUCGCAGCAGAUCUGCUGCAACGUUUAUAACUACUUUCUACAUCCUAACCGGGUAUGAGUGGAACGACACAAUCCUGAUGACCGUUACUGGAAGAAGUGAUAACGCAAACAUCACAGAGAGCAAUACCGUGACCAAAAUCAUCCCAGUGCAAUUUGAAAUUAAAAUGGGACUAACAGUGAAAGAAGGCACCACCACCUAUCUGAACUUCACAGCAGAAGAGGCAGCACCUAAAAAAAUGGAGAUUAUAUACAAGAUUGAUAAUCCAGGUUUUAAGGCUUUUCCUGUCAACGUGUCUCUGUUCUUCCCAACACAACUGGAACAUAACUUUGAAAUGAAGGAUUAUCAAGUGUCUGUCCAGGAGGACAAAACUCAAUGCAGAAUCCCUGAUCUCAAAACUGAUCACUGCUCUCCAGGAGAACGCCACAAAAUCAUUGCAUGUGACACAUUCAUCCUGGACAAGGAGUCCUCCACUGAGUUCACAUUGUCAGGAGAAGCACAUUUUAGGGGUCUCAAAAAGCAUGCCGAGAAUAUUGCCUUUCUGAAACGAUACACCGGAGACAGCGGGGAGGUGAAAUUCAAAAGCUCCAUAGGUGUUGAAUUUGACGGGCAACAUUACGUGCUGGUUUCUCGUAAACAAGAGAGAAACGAUGGAUUCAUGGAGACGUCUCAUAAAACUUGCUCAUGGAAAGACAACGAUCCAACCAUGAAAUGGAGUGAAGUUCGGGUUGAGUUCAUAAUUCUCCCCAAUCGACUGCUGAUCAUCUUUACUGGAGCUGGAUUGGGUUUGUUGUUUCUCAUCAUAACCACAAUCAUCAUGUGGAAGCUUGGCUGCUUCAAGAGGAAGACGUUUUAUGAAGAAGAGGAGACAGAUGCUGUUCUUCAGGCUGACAGUUCCAACGAGUUUGCCUUUGACCCCAUAGUAGUCAGCCAAUUGGAGACUGAGGGCAAAUCUGACAAACCAUCAGAGGAGAAAUCGCUUCUUGUUGCUGACGAGGCCAAAGACGGCAUCGCAGCAGCUGAUGAAGAGGAGGGACUAGAGUAUAAAAAGUAGUUUACAACCAUGAAGGUGGGCUGACAAAUGCCUGAACUCUGAAGGGUGCACCAGGCACAUCAUUAUUAGUGAGCAAAAUUACUGAAGGAACAGCUUGUAAUUUUUGCAAAUAGGCUUAUUUGCUUCCUAGCUGAGAGUCAAAGAAGAUACCACUCCAAAUAUGAAGCUGGAGCCACAAGAUGGAGAGAUUUGAUUUGCAUAUAGAUAAGACACAAAGGGAAGUGGUAGCUUGGCUCUGUUCAAUGUAGCAACAUCUGAUAAACCAAGUAAUUUUUGUUUUAUCCAUACAGUCCAAAUAUUACAAAUUUGCCUCAAGGGUCUUUACAGAUGUUCAACAAAAUGACACCUUCUGUCCUUAAAGACUCAAACUGAAAAAAUAAAAACGAAAUAAUGAAGGAAACCCGAAGAAAAGGAACUGAGGAGGGGUCCCUCCUACAGGACAGACUGACAUGCAGUAGAUAUCAUGUGUACAUAAUAGAUCUACAUUGCAUUCUUACAAAAUGGAUAAACAGCAUGGUCAAAAUAUAGAUUGUAAAUAUACAAGAGGAAUAUGAUAUGGAAAAAAAAAAUAUGUUGUCGUUCUGUGAUGUUUGUCCUUUGUACAGGAAAAACCCUUCUUUUUAUUAUCUCUCUCUGUACAUUACUUGACCGCGUUUUGUAAAGAUUUCUGUAACUGUUGACAUGUCCAUCAGAUGGGACCUGGGCCACACGACCUGGAGUGGGGACAGACAAACCAAACACAGGAGGCCAUGCACAUCCUGAACACAUAACCUCCAGCUCCCAGCUACUCUAGCUCACUGAUUUUCCUCUUAUAUCUCGUUUUACAAAAACCUUCACUCAGUCACCACGGUGAUAUCUACAUGUGGGACCUUGGUCACGUGAUAACCGGUGCUCCUAAAGAGUGGAUCCCCACAGAGAAGACAACCAACAUCACAGCAACCGUGAGGAGCUCUAUGAAGCUGGACAGGAAUCUGAUCCAACACCAGAAGCAUCAGAUUCAGACUGUUGACAGAAAACGCUCCAUACAUGACAGACCUGUUAUCACAUUACUGAUGUCCCAUACCUGCAAUGGGUCGCAUGAUGACAACUGUGCAAAAUAAAUGCUUUUUUAGUUUUUUGGUCAAAUUAUGAAAUGUUUUUGGAGCAUUGUUAUUCCAUGAAAUACCAUGGUUGUGUUACAUCAGGCACAACAAAGUUAAGUGAAAACAUAACAAGUUUAAAUUCCAGGUAUGAUCCCUGUGUCCGGCCUAGGGUGCCGUCUCUACUAAUGUAUAUUUACACUUUAAAAUACUGUAUAGUCAGCCUUUACCUACUUGAUCUUCUGCACAGGUUUUAUCUCCUUGUUUAUCCAAUGUUGUGCCGUAAUAUUGUUACGUUUUUAUGCUUUUUCAAUAAAAAAAUUAAAGUGAGAGAA